AUGGCAGAGAAGCAAGGGCUCCACCGGUCCCCUGGCCAGGAGCGGCCGGGACCUGCUGGGCAGAGCGUGACCUUGGGGCUGGGCUCCGCGGACCCUGGGUCCCUUGUGGCUACCGGGACCCUGCAGGGGGAGGCCAGCUGCGCCCAGUGGCACGUGCGUGGCCUUUGGGUCAACACUGUGAAAGGAGGCUCCGCUUUGGACCGUCUUGUCCAGUUGGAGCAGAGACUGUGGACGGGUGGUGUCCUGGUCCAGGGCGAGUCGGUGCUGCAUUUCGGGCGACUCCCGCCUGGCCGCGCCGCUUCGCUCAGCCCCUGCGACGCCGCUUCUCCCGCCGCCGCCGGCCGGACCCGGGUCUCCGGGCUCGCGCGGCGCGGGCUGCGGACCACCCGCGAGGAGGGACAGCGUCCGCAGCAGCCCCGGGGCUCCCACCGCACCGCGGGCGAGGGCCGGGGAGGGAGGCGAGCCGGGGGUCUGCCCUUUCCCAUUAUUCGCGACCAAGUGCGGGGCGCGGGGGGGCGCGCGGGGGGCGGGGUUCUCCGGCCUCGUCCCGCCGCACCCGGGGUGGCCGCGGGGCUGAUCGGGGCUAGGGUGGCCCUUGGAAGUGUUCCCCAGGCUGGAUCCUGGCACCAGCCGAGCCCCGGGCCCCGCGGAAGGAGGCGGAAAGUGAGCGCGGGCGGCUGGGUCUGGGGUCUCGGCGCCGCCCCGGGCUCCGGAGAGCGCGGCCGUGCGCGCCCGCCACCAGCAGAGGGCGCCACAGUCCUCGCGAACCCGCCGGGGCGGCCCGGCCCAGGUGGGGCGGCGCGGCCGGGCCCCGGGGGCGGCGCGCGGCCCGGCGAGGCUCCGGAGCGGGGCCGAGAGACCCCCGGCCCCGCGGCAGGCUGGCGCCCACGGCGCGGGCGGGCUGGUUCCGGGGGCUCCGGCCCUCCCUGA